AUGUCCACCCAAGUCGUCAAAGCCCAGGGCCCCUUCAUCGGCCUGCCCACGUACCCGGACACCCCCGAGUUCACAAACCUAACCGCCAUCGUCACCGGCGCAAAUGGCAUGUCCGGGUACCACAUGGUGCGCGUGCUAGCGGCGGCACCAGAGCGCUGGAGCAAGAUCUAUUGUCUCUCUCGCAGGCCGCCGCCAGAGAACUUCUUUACGGAUCUCGGCGAGGGUGCGAAGAGGGUCGAGCAUGUCUCUGUGGACUUUUUGUCUGACCCCGAGGAGAUUGCGGGGCGGUUGAGGGAGGGGAUUGAUAAAGUGGAUUAUGUAUUCUUCUUCUCGUACAUGCAGCCCACACAGGAGGGGAAUAUCCUGGGCAUGUGGUCUGAUGCAGAGCAACUAGCGAGGAUCAAUUCAACCCUCCUCAAAAACUUCAUCAGCGGCCUCCAACAAUCCACCCUCCAACCAAAACGCUUCCUCCUCCAGACCGGCGCAAAGCACUACGGCUUCCACAUCGGCCCUGCCACAAACCCCUCCUUCGAAUCCGACCCCCGGAUUAACCUAGAGGCAAACUUCUACUACCCGCAAGAAGACAUCCUCUCGUCGUACUGCGCCUCAACCGGCGUAACCUACAACGUCGUGCGACCCUCGUACAUCAUCGGCGCCGUCCGCGACAGCGCCCUAAACCACAUGGUCGGACUAGCCAUCUACGGGGCUAUCCAAGCACACUUGAAGCAACCACUUGCGUUCCCGGGGGAUUACGCGGCGUGGGAUCGAGAGUUUUGUCAGAGCACGGCGCUGCUGAAUGCGUACUUUGAGGAGUGGGCCGUUCUUACGGGGGAUGCGGCAAAUGAGGCGUUUAAUAUCCAGGAUGGACUGCCGUUUACCUGGGGCAGGUUCUGGGCGUCUCUGGCUGAGUGGUACGGGACGUCUUGGACGCCGCCGGAGAGCGACGAGGGCAAGUAUCGGGUUACCGAGUCGAGAUGGGUGGAUACGCCGAGGGGCUAUGGUCCCGUCGGAACAACACGCACAACAUUCAGCCUACAAGAAUGGUCCGAGCGUCCCGAAGUGCAAUCCGCAUUGAAAGAGCUCGCUGAGCAGCACGGCCUCACCCUUGACCCAUUUACUCCCAAGAACCGGGCGCAGAUCUUCGGCAUGACGGACUCAGCUGUGAUUGGCGGCUGGGCGCUCUCGUUGAGUAUGCGCAAGGCGCGCAAGCUGGGCUUCUUGGGGACGGUCGACUCGUAUGAGACGGCGUAUAUGACGAUCAGGGAUCUGGCGCGGUUGAAGGUUGUGCCGCCGCCGGCUGUUUGAGGUGGAUUUUGGUUCGCUUUGGGUGUGAUGGUUUAUACAGAUUGUGAUUUAGUUAAUACCAGUUUAUGAGUAUUUGGAAUCUACCUAGGCUUCGUAGGGAUCAUUCAGAUGGCUCGAUAUCAU